CGCGGGGAGGACGGACGGGCGGAAGGACGGACCGGCCGGGGAACCGGCGGGCGGAGCGGAGUGCGGCCACCUCUCCCCCUGGAUCCGCCGGCAGCCGGGCUCGGGGCUUCCGACAUGCCCCCCAGGUGGGAGCACAGGGCAGAUGAUGCUGGAUGCAAUGGAGGCGCCGGGACACUCCAGACAGCUGCUUCUGCAGCUCAACAGCCAACGCACCAAAGGCUUCCUUUGCGACGUGAUCAUCGUGGUGCAGAACGCACUCUUCCGGGCUCACAAGAACGUGCUGGCGGCCAGCAGCGCCUACCUCAAGUCCCUGGUGGUGCACGACAACCUGCUCAACCUGGACCAUGACAUGGUCAGCCCCGCCGUCUUUCGCUUGGUCUUGGACUUCAUCUACACCGGCCGCCUGGCCGACGGCGCGGAUGGAGCGGCGGCCACGGCGCCGGGGGCCGAGCCCAGCCUGGGCGCAGUGCUGGCCGCCGCCAGCUACCUGCAGAUCCCAGACCUCGUAUCCCUGUGCAAAAAGCGGCUCAAGCGCCACGGCAAGUACUGUUACGUGCGCGGGGGCGGCGGCGGCGGCUACGCGCCCUACGGAAGGCCCGGCCGCGGCCUGCGCGCCACCACGCCGGUCAUCCAGGCCUGCUACCCGGGCGGCGCACCCUCGGGGCCGCCGCCGCCGCCGGCCUCGGCCGCGGAGCUGCCCCCGGGAGCCGAGGCGCCGGUCAACACCCACUGCGCGGAGCUGUACGCCUCGGGCCCCGCGCCCCCUCAGCCGCCACCGCCGCCGCCCGCGCUGUGUGCCCCGGAGCGCCGCUGCUCCCCGCUCUGCGGCCUGGACCUGUCCAAGAAGAGCCCCCCGGGCCCGGCGGCUGCGCCUGAGAGGCCUCACCCCGGGGAGCGCGAGCGCGAGGCGCCUUCGCGCCAUGAUAGCAGUCCCCCCGGGGCAGCCUACAAGGAGCCGCCGCUCUCCUUGCCCCUGCCUCUGCCUCUGCCGCUGCCUCUGCCCUUCCAGAAGAUGGAGGAGGCCGGGCCGCCCCUGGAUCCGUUCCGGCCGGGAGGCAGCCCCGGCCCGGAGCCCCCGGGACGACCCGACGGUCCUGCGCUCAUCUACCGCUGGAUGAAGGCCGAGCCGGGCCUGGGCAGCUACGGGGACGAGCUCGGGCGGGACCGCGGCUCCCCCGGGGAUCGCGGCGGGGCCGAAGAGCCCGCCGACGAGGGGGACUCGCCCGGGGGGCCCCCGCUGCCCCUGCAGCCGCCGCCCCGUUACCCGGGGGUGGGCCUGGACGGGCCGGGGCCCGACGCGGACGACUACAAGAGCAGCAGCGAGGAGACCGGCAGCAGCGAGGAGCCGAGCCCGGGUGGGGGCCACCUGGCCAGCUACCACUGUCCCCACCUGACCUACAGAGAGCCCGAGAGCUUCGGCGACAACCGCUACGUGUGCAUCCCGUGCGACAAGGGCUUCCCCAGCUCGGAGCAGCUCAACGCGCACGUCGAGGCGCACGUGGAGGAGGAGGAGGCUCUGUAUCGGAGCGCCGAGGCGGCCGAGGCGGCGGCCGUGGGCGCGGCGGGCCUGGGACCCCCCUUCGGCGGCGGCGGCGGCGGGGACAAGGGGGCCGGGGGCCCCGGGGGCCUGGGCGAGCUGCUGAGGCCCUACCGCUGCGCCUCGUGCGACAAGAGCUACAAGGACCCGGCCACCCUCCGGCAGCACGAGAAGACGCACUGGCUGACGCGGCCUUACCCCUGCACCAUCUGCGGCAAGAAGUUCACGCAGCGCGGGACCAUGACCCGUCACAUGCGCAGCCACCUGGGCCUCAAGCCCUUCGCGUGCGACGCGUGCGGCAUGCGCUUCACGCGCCAGUACCGGCUCACGGAGCACAUGCGCAUCCACUCGGGGGAGAAGCCCUACGAGUGCCAGGUGUGCGGGGGCAAGUUCGCGCAGCAGCGCAACCUCAUCAGCCACAUGAAGAUGCACGCUGUGGGCGCGGGCGGCGGGGCGGCCGGGGCGCUGGCGGGCCUGGGCGGCCUGCCCGGCGCGCCGGGCCCCGACGGCAAAGCCAAGCUCGACUUCCCCGAGGGGGUCUUCGCAGUGGCGCGCCUCACAGCCGAGCAGCUGGGCCUCAAGCAGCAAGACAAGGCGGCGGCGGCGGCCGAGCUGCUGGCCCAGACCACGCACUUCCUGCACGACCCCAAAGCGGCGCUCGAGAGCCUCUACCCGCUGGCCAAGUUCACGGCCGAGCAGCUGGGGCUGAGCCCGGACAAGGCGGCCGAGGUGCUAAGCCAGAGCGCGCACCUGGCGGGGGGACCCGACGGCCGGACCAUUGACCGCUUCUCUCCCACUUAGAAGUCCCUUCGCCCCAGCCCGGAGCAGGGACUGCACUGCGCCCCUCCCCCCCCCCUUCGCCGGGUGGGGUGGGAAGUGGGGGCGAGGGAGAGAAGUUUCCGCCCCGGGAGGGACAGCGGUGACUGCAAAGAGCGACCGAGGCAGCCCCUCUGUACCCCCCCUCCCCCCGCCCUCCCCGGCCGACCCCAAGGCCGCACCAGGCGGAACCGCUUUGUGCCUUAGCCCGGGCUGGGGGAGGCCCGGGCGUGGAGUGGGGGGGGUGGGGUGGGGGUGGGAAAGGGAGAUUUCUAUUUUUGAUAAUAGCUUCAACCAAAGGAGCCCCCGACCCUGCCCCGCCCCCACGCCGCGGGCUCAGCCGCGCCUCUUCCUGUGGUUCCUUCUGCCCCCUCUUCCCGCUCCCGAUCCCGGGAGCCGACUGGCCCCUGAGCUGCUACAGCCGCCGCGCUGGGGUUCACUGUGGGGGCGCUCCCCGCCCUACCUCCGGCCACUGCGUCUGCACCCGUUCUCACUGUGAAUCAAUCGGCGCCGGGGCCAGGGCAAAUCGGGGGGCGGGGGGAGGACUGAGCCGGCCCGGGGGUGCCCCCGCCCCCGCCCUGGGACCGAUAAUGUGAAGUUCCUCAUUUUGCACAAGUGGCACCAGCCCCCGGGGCCCACUUCGCCUUCCGACCGCAGCCCCUGUGAGGCGAGAUGGGAGGAGUUCCCAGACCCCGUGCCCCCAGUCCCUUCACCUGCCCUUUGUCCUUGGGGCCCGGGACGAUAUUUAUUGCAUGCGUCCCGGGCUGCUCCGUGUCCCGGGCUAGGCAAGGCUGGGCCCAGACGGCCGCCUCCUAGCGCCCCUCUCCCCAUCUCUCGAGUUUGUAUAUUUCUUACCGUGUACACAGGCUCUCCCUGAGCCGCUUCCAUUUUCUAUACUCGAACCAACAGCAAUAAAGCAAUA